AUGAAAGGGUUAUCCGGCAGCCGCAGCCAUCACCACGGAGUCACCUGCGAUUCCGCCUGCGACUCGCACCACCACCCGGACCGCAAGCCAUACCUGCUGAGCCCCGUGGAGCACCACCCGGCCGACCACCCUUACUACACUCAGCGCAACUCCUUCCAGGCCGAGUGCGUGGGCCCCUUCAGCGACCCGCUGGCCAGCAGCACCUUCCCGCGCAGGCACUACAACUCGCAGCAGGAGCUGAAGGACGAGUGCGCCCUCGUGCCCCGCACCCUGGCCACCAAGGCCAAUCGCAUCCCCCCCAACCUCCUGGACCAGUUUGAGAGGCAGCUGCCGCUCAGCCGGGAUGGGUACCACACGCUGCAGUACAAGCGCACGGCCCUGGAGCACCGCAGCGACAGCCCGGGCCGCAUCCGCCACCUGGUCCACUCGGUCCAGAAGCUCUUCACCAAGUCGCACUCCUUGGAGGGCCCAGCCAAAGGCAGCGUCAACGGGGGCAAAGCCAGCCCCGACGAGACACAGACCGUGCGGUAUGGCAAGCGCAGCAAGAGCAAGGAGAGGCGCCCCGAGCCCAAGGCGCGGCCCAACACCUCCCCCAACACGUCGCCGGGCUGGUGGAGCUCAGACGACAACCUGGACAGCGACAUGUGCAUCUACCACUCUCCGUCGGGCGUGAUGACCAUGGGCAGGUGCCCUGACCGCUCGGCCUCGCAGUACUUCAUGGAGACCUACAACACCAUCAGCGAGCAGGCGGUCAAGGCCUCCCGCAGUAACAACGACGUCAAGUGCUCCACCUGCGCCCACCUGCCCGUCAACCUGGACGCGCCGCUCCUGAAGAAGAGCGCCUGGUCGUCCACGCUGACGGUGAGCCGCGCCCGCGAGGUCUACCAGAAGGCCUCGGUGAACGUGGACCAGGCCAUGGUGAAGUCGGAGUCGUGCCAGCAAGAACGUGCCUGCCAGUACCUCCAGGUUCCUCAAGAUGAAUGGGCAGGGUAUACCCCUCGAGGUAAAGAUGAUGAAAUUCCAUGCCGAAGAAUGCGGAGUGGCAGCUAUAUCAAAGCCAUGGGAGAUGAAGACAGUGGUGACUCGGACACAAGUCCCAAGCCAUCUCCCAAAGUUGCUGCCCGAAGAGAAAGCUAUCUCAAGGCUACUCAGCCAUCCCUUACAGAACUCACCACACUCAAGAUUUCCAACGAACACUCCCCCAAACUCCAGAUCCGGAGUCACAGUUACUUGAGGGCAGUCAGUGAAGUCUCCAUCAACCGAAGCCUAGACAGCCUUGACCCUGCAGGCCUGCUCACGUCACCAAAGUUCCGCUCCAGGAAUGAGAGCUACAUGCGAGCCAUGAGCACCAUCAGCCAGGUGAGCGAGAUGGAAGUGAACGGGCAGUUCGAGUCGGUCUGCGAGUCGGUGUUCAGCGAGCUGGAGUCCCAGGCGGUGGAGGCGCUGGACCUGCCCAUGCCCGGCUGCUUCCGCAUGCGGAGCCACAGCUACGUGCGGGCCAUCGAGAAGGGCUGCUCCCAGGACGACGAGUGCGUGUCGCUGAGGUCCUCCUCCCCGCCGCGCACCACCACCACCGUGAGGACCAUUCAGAGCAGCACGGGUGUCAUAAAACUGAGUUCUGCAGUUGAAGUGUCAUCUUGCAUUACAACAUAUAAGAAGACACCACCUCCAGUCCCACCCAGAACUACCACGAAACCUUUCAUUUCUAUCACAGCCCAGAGUAGCACAGAGUCUGCCCAGGAUGCCUACAUGGACGGACAGGGCCAGCGAGGAGAUAUUAUCAGCCAGUCUGGACUGAGCAACUCCACGGAGAGCCUGGACAGUAUGAAGGCUCUGACAGCCGCCAUCGAAGCCGCCAAUGCCCAGAUCCACGGCCCUGCAAGUCAACACAUGGGCAACAACCCUGCCACCAUCACCACCACGACCACCAUAGCCACCAUCACUACAGAGGACAGGAAGAAGGAUCACUUUAAGAAAAAUCGAUGCCUGUCAAUCGGGAUACAGGUGGAUGAUGCUGAAGAACCUGACAAGACAGGGGAAAAUAAAGCGCCCAGUAAGUUCCAGUCCGUAGGAGUGCAAGUAGAAGAAGAGAAGUGCUUCCGCAGGUUCACCCGAUCCAACAGUGUGACGACAGCAGUGCAGGCGGACCUGGACUUCCACGACAAUCUGGAAAACUCUCUGGAGUCUAUAGAGGACAAUUCGUGCCCGGGCCCCGCGGCCAGACAGUUCUCCCGGGACGCCAGCACCUCCACCGUCAGCAUUCAGGGCUCAGGAAACCACUACCACGCCUGUGCGGCCGACGACGACUUCGACGCGGAUUUUGACCCUUCGAUCCUGCCUCCCCCGGAUCCCUGGAUUGACUCGAUCACUGAAGACCCCAUGGAGGCCGUUCAAAGGUCAGUGUGCCACCGGGAUGGCCACUGGUUUCUGAAGCUUCUGCAGGCGGAGCGCGACCGCAUGGAAGGCUGGUGCCAGCAGAUGGAGAGAGAAGAGCGGGAGAACAGCCUGCCGGAAGACAUUCUAGGGAAAAUCCGAACGGCAGUGGGCAGUGCCCAGCUUCUCAUGGCCCAGAAAUUCUACCAGUUCAGAGAACUGUGUGAAGAGAACCUGAACCCUAAUGCUCAUCCAAGGCCCACCUCCCAGGAUUUGGCGGGGUUCUGGGACAUGCUGCAGUUGUCCAUAGAAAAUAUUAGUAUGAAAUUUGAUGAACUCCAUCAGUUAAAGGCCAAUAAUUGGAAACAGAUGGAUCCUCUUGACAAGAAGGAGAGAAGGGCCCCUCCUCCAGUGCCAAAGAAGCCGGCGAAGGGCCCCGCGCCGCUGAUCCGGGAGCGCUCGCUGGAGAGCUCGCAGCGCCAGGAGGCCCGCAAGCGCCUGAUGGCCGCCAGGCGCGCCGCGUCCGUCCGCCAGAACUCGGCCACCGAGAGCGCCGAGAGCAUCGAGAUCUACAUCCCCGAGGCGCAGACCCGGCUCUGA